AAGAGCAGGAUGAAUACACAAGGUACCAUUCAUACAUAAGAGCCCAUCUCAAUUAGCGACAUUCAUCAUAUUUUCCGUUGCCACUGUCCCUUUUUUUUUUGCUUGUCUAAUAAUAUUUAUUGGUUCCGGCCCUUUUUAAUUUUUUGCCCUUAGUAGCAUAGCAAGGCGAGAGAGGCCCGCAAGACCAGGAUCAUCUCUGAGGCUACCUACGGAAUACCCAUCAUUCUUCGUUCAUUCACUCAUUUAUCCGUCAAAAAGUCUCUUUUCUUCUUCUUUUUUUUCCUCUGGAGGCGGCUGCACUAUUGAUUCAAGUUGCUCUGCGAUAUUCUACUCAACAGAUGAAGGUUGUGGUUACAGGGGCGACCGGGACGGUCGGCAAUGAGAUCGUCAAACACUGUCUCGCGGACGCGCGCAUCACAAAGGUCGUUAUUCUCACUCGAAAAGCCGUGUCGAUGGAUAUCGAGAGUCACCCAAAGGCGGAUGUUAUCAUGAUUCAGGAUUUCGCAAGGUAUUCCGAUGAAGUUUUACGGCGACUUGAAGGGUCUUCGGCGUGUUUAUGGGCCAUUGGAGCACGGCCAGAUCGUCUCAACCACGACAAGGCACUUCUUCACCACGUCAACGUGGAACUACCGCUCACGGCGGCAAAAACAUUGAGCGAGCGCAUAGCACCAAAGACACCAGCAGGCAACAGGUUCAACUUUGUCUUGUGCAGCAACAGGACCAACUCAAAGGCAUCUUCACUGCUCUCGCUCGGGGACCCAAGAAAACCAAAGUCCGAGGCGGAGAAGGGUCUAUGCGAGAUUGCAGACGCCAGCCCUGAAACAUUUAGCGCUUGGAUCUUGAGACCCAGCGCCAUCGUCACCCCAGACGCGCCCAAGAAGAGGAGACUUGUAGGCGGUCGCUCGGCUCACGGCGUUGAAGUUGCGCAGAUGGCCAAGGCUUUUGUCAAGGUGGCCUGCGAGGGCUAUAAGGAUCGUAUCAUUGAUAACGAUGCACUGCUGAAAAUGUGAGAAACUUCCGCGGGAAGAAGUGGGUGACGUGGUGUACGAUGGAGCUGGACUAUGUGCGUGUGUGCGUGUUUGUGAAGCCGAGCUGAGCUUGACUGGAGAAGAAUUUGUGGACUUGGCGGAGCAUUUGGGACCGUCGAACGAUAUGCCAAGCCUUUUGGGUGGUGAUAUCCAUUUGGGUGUUGAUGCUGGCACAUCAAGUUCAUGUCUUUGUUGUUGUGAUGUGUUGGCCUUCGAUUCAUUGUACCAUUACUAACCGGGUCACGAUAUUAAUGAUGUAUAUAGCAUUCAAGCCGGCGGAGAUUGAUAAGAUAUUUGUGUAAUUGACAACAUCCAUCAAAGACAGCAAUUCUCGCCAAAACCCUUUGACUCGUG